AUGUCUUCCCAGUUUGAUAUACUCCAUGGUAACAAUGGCCUUCUUUCCAUCUUCAAACUCGACUACUGCUUCUUUGGUAAGUGCUUGGAGACCAUUGAUUUCGACUUUAACUUUUGCAGCAGCAUUAGGUCUGUUGGUGAGAACUUUCCUCAUGUCCUCCUCGAGGUCGAAUUUGAACUGGAAGCAGUUGUUGCCGAGGCGGCCUAUGAGGAUGAGAGAGUUUUCUCGUAUCAGGUCGGCAGUAUCUACUGGUGGGGCUUGAAUGCGUUUUCGAAUCGGUGGGCUUCGUGCAAGCUCAAUCCCUUUGCCUUUUUCUGCAUAGGAGAAGCGCCUUGCCAUUGCAGAGAAUGUUUGGAGAAAGACCCAUGGAGAUGGUUUGGCUUGUAUGUUAAGAGGAUAGAGAUCGAAAAACGGAGCAGAGCAGACUUGGGAUGUAAAUGUAGAGAUUACGGGGCGGUUCUAGUAGCGGCAGCUGAACAGAACUAA